AUGAGUAAUGAAUCGAUUGACAGUAAUGAUAUGUUUAAUUCGCAGAUGUUUUUUGAUAUGAAAAAUUACAACAUUGUUACUGAUGUACUACCACCACCAAACCAUGAAGAUCUACAUGUUAUGAUAAUGGCAGUAUCCUAUUUAUUACUAUUUUUAUUAGGUACAUGUGGAAAUGUCGCCGUUCUAACAACGAUUUAUCACGUUGUGCGAUCAUCUAGAGCUACUCUUGACAACACUCUAAUAUACGUCAUAGUGCUCUCUUGCGUUGAUUUCGGCGUUUGUCUUUCAUUGCCGAUUACCGUAAUUGACCAGAUUCUCGGAUUUUGGAUGUUUGGCAGCAUUCCAUGCAAACUUCACGCUGUUUUCGAAAAUUUCGGGAAAAUUCUGUCAGCUCUUAUUCUAACCGCUAUGUCAUUUGAUCGAUAUGCUGGUGUCUGUCACCCACAAAAAAAGUUUUUGAGAUCUCGGAAGUUGGCUAUAACAAUUCUAUUAGGUUUAGCAGUGUAUGCUUUUAUAUCUCUGUGCCCAUUAUUGUGGUCGUUUUCUGCUAGAGAGAUUAUUUUAUAUGCGAGAGAAACCGGGCCGGGGCAUCUAACCAGAAUGCGAAUUGAAAAAUGUACUAUAGAUAUUCAAUCUCAUGUAUUUACUGCUUUCACGAUUUACCAGUUUGUAUUCUGCUACUGCACACCUUUAGUUUUAAUCGCCUACUUUUAUAUCAAAUUAUUGAGCAAACUUCGAGAGCACACUAGAACAUUUAAGAGCUCACAAAUUCCGUUUCUUCACAUAUCUCUCUACACCUUAGCCGUUGCUUGCUUCUACUUUCUCUGUUGGACUCCGUUUUGGAUGGCUACAGUUUUUGCAGUUUAUCUUGAAAACUCAGCGAAUCCUGAUAGCGUUCCUCCAGUUUUCGUAUAUAUUAUGUACUUUAUUCAUGCUCUACCGUUUACAAAUUCUGCUAUAAAUUGGAUUCUUUACGGGGCCCUAAAUAGCCAACUGCAACAACGAUGCCGGAAUUCCAAUCGAUGCUCAUCGACCAAAGUUACGAACAAUGCCUCCUCAGUAUGCCAUCCUGUUAAUAAGAAUAACCCGCUCGUACCGCUAGCAAGUUGUCAAAUCAACGAAUCAAUUGCUAGUUUAGCGUGCGCAACUGCAAAUACAAAUGAUAUAUUGCUCGUGAAUUCAUCAAACGAUGAAGAAGUCGAUACAAUUAACGUGCGUCUACUCCAUUCUCAUAAUCCUACGUUUUUGUAA